UCUUGUUUAUUGCAUUACGUAUACGCCCUGUGGCGUGACUAGGCCGUGUUACAGCAAUUAAAGCGUCAUAAAUCUGCAACUGUAAUUAUGUGUAUGUCCCAAGGCAUCGCAGUGGCCCACCUGAUUAGCAUAUUUAAAUGGGUUACCCUUUUGCUGGCUGGUCCGCUUUAAAAAUAGCCAAAGGUCAUUUGGCAUUGUCAAGAUUAGACGUUCGCAGGACUUUCCUUGCCGAGCUCUUCGGUCGCCUUCUAUGCGUCGAAAGUUGGCCAGAAAUUGGGUCAGACUUUCGGCCCUAGUUACAAGCGGUUUUUCUUCUUCUUUUUGCUUUUUUAUGUUCCUGUCUAUUUCCGUUUCCAAAUCAGCCAGCGAAUCACGCACAUUCCUGCCGCGUCAUGCAAUGAAAUGUUGGUUUACGAAUAAUUCAACAUUUUGCCUAACACCAAUUAUAACCACAGCACAUGUUCCCACACGUGAGAUAUUUUAGUCGUCGUUAGAACUGUUUUAAUUCCGAGCUGCGCAACAGGUGGUUGUGGUCACAUUUAGCCCGGUCUCGGGAGCCAUAAAAAGUGCAAUUUGCAUGCGCGCCGGUUCGCCUCCGACUGGCAAUCCUUGUGCAUUUUAAAUGGCCUGCCUGCUGGGAGACGACGAGUCCUUGGCAAUGCCUCAACAAAAAACCCAUUUCCGUAUAUGGAUUACCAAGGUCCUUGCAGUCGCAGCGUCGUGGGCGUUGUCAGGACUAACAAAAGUCGGGAAUUUCGUGAGCUAUUGAUUGGCAUUUUGUGGAAUGGGAAAGCUGUUCACAUAAGUGCCAGGCACAGUGUUUAAAAAACAGGAUGUAGUGAUUUUUGAAACAUUCUAUACAGAAUUUGGGUAUCAUUUUUAAGCCAGCUCAGAAAUUAGUUUUGAAAUGCACGUGUUAAAUAUUUUGAGUUGCGAUCUGUCUUAUUAAGUAUAAGUAUUAUUUGUAUUAUGUUUUAUGAUUAUUUUCAAUUUUCAAAAAAGCUUGUUUAGUUUUUCGUUAUGUAGAAGUGAUUUAACAAAGGAUUUGAUGAAUACCAUCAAAUCGACUCUGGGUCGACCUGCUCCUCCCAUCGAAUCCAAUAGACAAUUUUCUAAUUUGCAGCAAUUUUGCCCCUUUCCCCAUUCAUUAGUUUGUUUACAGAGGUUUUGUGAGGCGAGUGUGCCUAGCAACAUGGUCAUAGCACGCCAUCGGCUCUUGCUCCAUGGAAAUGGAAAUGGCAGUGGAUGUGGAUGUGGAGGAAUGCCUUCGCUGGCUGCCUCUUGCAACCGGUCGCGGUCUUAUGGCGGCCCACCUCCUUCCCGAAACUCCUCCAUUGCAAUUGCAAAAGGUCGAAGGCAGAUGGGGGAAUUGCUUUGAUGCCGACUUUGGCUGGAAUCGUUCCUUCUCCGAGCCGGAUCUCACAGCCAAUCAGAAGUCCGGCGAUCUCAGCCGGUUUGCCAUCAAGCAUCCGCACGAGUACAUAGCCGUCGAUGACCUUAAGUACUUUCGCCGUCGCCAGCCCGUCCAUCUGCACACCCGGAGCAACGUAUGCCUCCACAGCGGCGAUGAGCCAGCGCCCAGUUUCGGCUCCCUGAAGUCCGAGUAUCGCAAGCACUUCCGUGGCACCCAGUCCCGACCCAGAUCCUUGCUGCGGCGCGCCACCUCGCUGCGAUUGGAGGGAUUCAUGCAGCUGCUGUCGGAGCACCAGGAAAAAUACCACUGGUACACGCCCGAGGACCUGCGAUUCUCCCGCACCUUUCCCGUCCGCAAUCCGGAGAACCUGCAGUUGGGCGCGGGCAGCGGUGCCGCCGAUGGCAUGAAGAACUCCUCGUACCUCAUGCUGGAUCCCAGCACCAAGAUACUGCCACGCGAGGUGUUCCUCGACGAGUCGGAGCUGGCGGCCAGGAACCAACCCACUAGCAAGCUGGCGGCGGACAAGUUUCGCCGCGAUGUGGCUGCCCAAGAGCAGCAGCGAUGCCAUCUGCAGAUGCGGGCCCAGGCUGUGGACCACGAACAGCAGGGUCAGGUGCCAGAGCCCUCCGAGUACCGUCGCCAGUUCGUGGAGCAGUUCCCUGAGAAGGCACACUCCAUUCCCCAGAUGAGCAGCAUCAAGAUUCAGGGUGAGUUCGUGGCGGUGCCGGAGUACAGGGACAGCUUCCGUAUGUAUGCCAACUACUCGAAGAGUGCGCCCAUAAAGAAGAACGAUAACCUGCGCGUAUCCGGCUCCGAGGCGGCCUGCGCUCCCAGCUCGGAGGUGCCGGAGUACCGCGACAAAUUCAUCGACCCACCCAAGCACGUGGCCAAAGAGAAGUCCCUCAAGACGGAAGACCACCUGCGUCCGCGCGGGGAGUUCACCAAAGAGAUUCCCGAAUACCACGAGAGCUUCCGAGAUCCGCAGAUCACCGAAAUGCCGGAGCGGGGUAAACCCCGGGAGCCGUUCCUUCGUCUGCGCGGCAAGAUCGAGUUUAAUCCGGAGUACAGCAAUAACUAUCAGGAUUUUCCGCGUUCCCGACCCGUCGUCCAGAAGCCCACCUCCUGCUUCCGGUUGCCCACCUCGGGCGCAUGCCACGCCCCAUCCGUCCACCAUCAGCCAGAAGAGGAUCUGGAAACACCUGUCCUGGUCACAGUGCCUCCAUCGGAGGUAACUGCCACGCCGGAGUAUCGUCGAGCGCAGUACAACUACCAAUUGCGAGAGCGCCCGAGGGAUUUGGAGGCUGCUCCAGCCGGUGUCCAGGGAAAUCUGCGCAAGAGUUCCGAUUCCUCGUUGGAGGCCAGACAGCCGCAGGCCCCCAUGCCCCACAAACGCAGAACCUCGCGUCAGCGGCAGGUCAAGGAGCCAGAGCAGCCGCUGGCAACCAGAUUCGACGAUAUGGGUGGCAAUGCAGCCAAAAAGCCAGCCCGCUACGGACGACGUGCAUCUGUACUCCAGAACGCAGCCAGUUGUCGGGAGAACUCGUCGAUCAUCGAGGGUAAUCCCAAAUACGCCGUGGGAUGUCGUCGCUCCAAGCAGCCAGUCGGUAAUCAGACGCAGCCACCAGGUGCCUUCGUGGUGCUCGACGAGCCCUGCAAGCCUUCCAACUGGAUGAAGAAGACCUGGUACGACUCCUAGGACAACGCAUCUACACCUAUCAUUGGUAUUCUGUUUUAAAUCUAUCUAAUGUAAAGCAAAUAAAAAAUUGGGUUUUAUUGUAA